AAACUGGAAAAAAAUUAUCGCCUAACCCCAACCUAUUACCCAUGUUACGUUCCGAUGUCCGCCAUCUUGGUUCGCAUACUUCGGGAGCACCUAAAAAUGAAUACAACUACAUAAUAUUCUGCUUAAAGUUGGUUAUUAAAGUCUAAAAAAUAAGACAAUUUUUGAAUUUAAAUAUUGAUCGCUAGAUUACAUGUACUUUGUCAUUAUUAAGAUUUUUUAAGCCAAGUUCCAUGGUUAAUUGUUUUUUAGUAGAAAUGCAGUCAUUGAUCGCUGGCAAUAGUGUAGCAAGCGUAGGUUUUAUUUUGUUGAAUGCAUUGUGCAAUCAUUGUUAAAUCUUUUCAAGUUGUUCCAAUUCAAAGUGACUGAAAAGUUUUACCAAAACUUGUGCUUCCCGAUGUCUUUCUUUGGGGGCCUCAAUAUCAUUUUUUAGAAAAAUUGUUAGUUUUAGUCAAAAGUUUCUAUUUGUUGUUUCUUUGAAUGGCAUCAAUUAUUGGGUACAUACUACUUCAAUGCAAAAAUGUUUAGCGAAUUCCGGAUUCAAAAUUGAUUGUGCUUUAUUAACACUGGUUGUAAUUUUUUAACUAAGCAUGGUAUAAUCAGUGCUUACAAUCAUUAGUAAGUGGCAAACGUUUUUCCAUUUUGAUUCUGGAAUAAUAAAAAUAAAGCACAAAAUCUUGGGUUGAAAAUUUUGUUGUUUAAUAUUAGUUUACAAAAAAACUUGUACUUUUUCAUCCUGAAACACAUAAAUGUCCUCUACAAUCACUUUCUGAAAUUUGCACACUUUUUACAAUAUUAUAUCUGAUAUAAUAUUAUUCAAAAGUGUCUUGUUUAUUAAGUGCAUAGGUAUACAAUGCCAUCUUAAAUGUUAUAUUUCAAUAUUGCUUAAAUUAUAAAAAGCCUGUUUUUGACAAUGACACCAAUCUUAUUUGAAUGUUCACUGAUUCCUUUGAUUUGGUAUUCCAUACCGUUGUACAUUAUUUUACAUCAGUGGAUAAUGCAAAAAAUCAUAUAUAACUAAUGUUUUUGUGUUUGUGUAUACACUAUCUAUUGUGAGUUUAAAUUGAUAUGUUAUUGACGGAGUGCAAAUAUGAAACACUCUAUAAUGGUUUCAUAGUUAUUUGGAGAAAAUAAGUUGAAUCAAGGUAAUUGUAUUAAAAUAAAAUAAGUCCUUAAAAACUUUGUCCUUAGAAUUCAAUUCACCCACUGAAACUAAACGCCAACAAGCAUCAACAAACACAAUCAAGGUAUUCACUUCUAAACAAUGCUAAACACAUUUCCAGAUUCAUUCCUAAAAAAAUAGUUUGGCAGUUUUUUCUGAAAUUUUGAUCCAAAUUAUUGCUAUAAAGAUGUGUUAAAUUUUGUGACAAUAAAUUAAACUUUUAUCAUGAUUUUUGCAUAUGGAUCAAUAUAACCGCCUUCAGCGAAUAUCAAUAUGGCAUAAUAUUUCAACCUAAAAAAUGUCCAAAAUGCUAUUUUGACUUAUUUCACUGUCGCUUGUAGUUGUGUAAUUGAAUAAUUGUUUCUAAAUCCCAGCCAUAAAACCUUAGUUGAAUUUAUAUUUAGUAUAGAUAUAGACUAAUUAUGCCAAUGACCUAUACUUUAGUAACUGGUUUAGUUUUUGACUGGGAUAAUCACUGCACGCUUUCUAGGUUAUGUGCUUUGCAAUACUGUAAACGGAUUUUGUUCUUAUUUUAGAAUGAUAAUGUAGUAAUUUUUUUCCAAACAAAGACUGCUUUUUGGGUAUAAAAAUAAGAAAAAUGUCACACAUCAGUAGGAUCGCGUCUCCUAUGAGCUUAUGUGAAGAGGAUUUAUUCGAUGUCGACAAAAAAGUACAAAGCAAAAUUCGUCUUCUUGAACAAUUACAAAAAGAAUCGCCCGCUUCUUUUCUUGUUGGUACGAUUGGAAAAAUUAACCAAAGAAUCACCAAUCUUGAUGAAGAAUUAUCAAAAUAUGAGAGCCAGCUUGAAAUUGACAGUAGAACACCAGAGCCGCAAAAGAGAACUGAAUCUUAUGCUGAAAGCUAUUCUCCCUCUAUGAGCAUUCGUGGAACAACUCCUUCAGAGAAAAAGUAUGGUGCUGAUGUAGAAAAACAAGCUCCUGGAACUCCAAGAGCAAAAUCAAGUGACGCUCCUCGAUUGGUUGAACUCCAGCAGUUCCCAGGAUGGAAUAAGAAGAAAUGUGCUCCUCUUCCGCAUUCUUUACAAACUAACAAGGUGCUUGAUAAUGUUGUCGCUGCUCAACCAGAUUUGAAACACAAAGUUGCGUUUCGUCGGGAGUUUUGCAGACUACUGUUUUCAAAAAUGCAAGAAUCGAUCCUGCAAGAUGGUUUCUGGUGGUUUUUCUUGAGAAAAUUUCAUCCUGAUCCAAUCAACCAAGGCAAGCUCUUUAAAAGAAUAUCAACCAAUUUUGUUGGUCUGUUACUCAGUGCUGAAAUUCCGAAGUAUAGAGAUUUGUUUUUCGCUAAUUAUGGUACAAUUCUGGCUCAAUCAAUUUAUGCUGCUUUUUGUCUUGCAUUUCCGCAAUCAUGGAGGCAGUUUGACGAACCAGCGUUCAAGGAAAUGUUAGCUCAAGUUUGCGGCGAAUGGAUUUCAGGUAUUCCACCACCACCUCGCUCUUAUGAAAAAUGGAAUAUGGCAGCUUUAGAGCCAGACGGGAUGCGAAAGGAAGAAGUUAUAAAAAAGAAAAAGAGACCUGAUCAUGCAGCCAAGUCUCUGGGUGGAAGAGCAAGUUCAUAUAGCUCCGCUGCUUCAACUAAAACAUCGUCAAUUCGAUCACCGACUGGAUCUCAAAAAACGCAUGGAUUAAGAAUGCAUACUGCUAAAUCAGAUGCUGCAUCUUGUGCGCAUUCUCCCAAACUAACACCGCGUGUUGCGGAAUUAGCAUCUGAGCAAAAUGCCCUUUCGACAAUCACAGAAGAACCUUUGACAUCUACCACUGAAAGCACUGCUGGAUUCAGAACGAAGUUUAUUGCACCAAAAAGCGAUUCAUCUUGUGCUGCUGGGCGUGCUAUGGAGUUUUCAAGGAAUGUCUUCAACGUGUACGGUCGCUCACCAUUGCUUGUCCAAUUUUCUCGUCAAUAUGGUUUCGAGAAAAAAUCCUUUUUCGAUGUAUUAGUCCAGCAUUCACUUAUUCAAACACCACCAGCUAAAGAUGCCCAAACCUAUCAAGACAUCAUUUACGAGAGCAGAAUUAAAGCAUCCGCCGCAGCACAAUCUUUCAAACAUAUUUACGAAGAAGACAUGAAAGCUCACAAAUCUUUUUGUGCAAAACAGCGAGAGGAAUUACAAAAUUUCAAAAAGAAAACGGAUAAAUUAUUGUCGAAGCCACGUCAAGUUCACUAUCUUAGUAAUCUCAUCUUAAUGGAAAUGAAGAACUUAGAAGAAGAUACAAAUCCGGUUGGUGCCACUGCAACAGUUCAAGCUGCUUUAUCUGCAGAAUCAGCUGAUUAAAAUGUUAGAUAACAUAUCACUGUGCCUUAUCAGUUAUCUUAGUAUUAAUAUAUAGAUUGUAUUAUGUUGUCAUAGUUUUAACAUCUAUUGUUCACUGUAAUUUUCGUAACUGCUGUACUACUACUUCACCUAAAUAUAUCUUCAAGUGUAGUUUUAAUUUUAUAGUAAUAAUAUAUUUAAGUUUCAUUGCCAUGAUUAUACCAUACAAAUUGAUACAAUGUAUUUUACCAAAGUUGUGUGUGCUCAUUGUAGUUUUACAAGCAUAUAAUGGAAUGAUAUGUUUUUUCGAAAAUUAUCAUAAAUUCCAAAAAAAGUGCUUUGUGAUAUUAUUUUAUCUUCAAACGUUUGUAGUUUUUUGAUGAAUCUAGAUUAAAAUUAUUCGUUGGUGCCAUUGACAUGAUUAUACAAGGAUGUAAUUUAUCAAAUUUUUGCGUGCCUAUAAGCCCAUUGUAUUGUUACAAGUAUAUAAUAGAAUGAUAUUUUUUUAGUUAUUAUUACAAAUUCCAAAAAAAGAGUACUUCAUGGUAUUAUUUUACCUAAUAUAUCUUCAAAUGUUUGUAGCUUACCUGUUACAGCAUAAUUCAAUGAAAUGUCAUUGCCAUGACUAUACAAUGCUGUUUUUUAUAAUAUGUUUGUGUGCUUAUUGCUUAUUAUAGUUUUACAAGCAUAUAAUAAAAUGAAUUGUUCUAUUUUUAGA